AUGAAAAUUAAAGACAGAUACAGGGAAGAUGGAAAUUUGAGUGAUAUGAACGCUUUCAGUGUUUCAGACAAGACUGCGUUUGCCUCAGCUGCUACCACAACCUUUCAGAUAAGUGAGCCUCGAAACCAAAGAAAGCCAUCCACAUGCUGCACUCGGGUUGCCCUCGGCAUCUACCUGCUGCUGUUGACAGCCAGCCAGGGGCUGCUGGCAUACAAAGUGUUUAAGAUGCAGAGAGAGAUACUGAAAUGUCAAGAACAAAAUACCUCCUACGCAGAAGAGAUUCUGGAAAGGUCCUUUGCCGACAAAAUGCUUUUGGAGAGAAACCCUACAGAGAAGCACAUGGGACAUGAAGAAAGCUGGAGGAGAAGCUUAGAAGAAGAAAUCACCAUAAUUAAAAGCAGCAAUGCAAACCUGAUGAUGAUGAUGAACAACAUCACCCUCGUUGCAGGGCCUCCUGGACGCAAAGGAGAUCCUGGUCCACCAGGGCUACAGGGACCACCGGGGACAAAAGGAGACCGAGGAAUCCAAGGCUUACAUGGACUGCAGGGUGCGAAGGGGAGCAAAGGAGAUCCUGGUCCCAUUGGUCCAAGUGGUGAACCAGGAGCAAGAGGAGAAAAAGGAGAGAUGGGGCUUACAGGUCUCCAAGGACAGAAAGGCGAAAUGGGCAAGAAGGGAGACCCCGGGCCCCGUGGACCCAUGGGUCCUCAGGGACAGCAGGGAGUCCCAGGCCUGCCAGGUUUAAGUGGUAGCACGGGGGAGCCUGGACGUCCUGGGCAGAAAGGAGAGGCAGGCAUAACCGGACAACCUGGACCUGUUGGAAUUCCUGGCCCUGAAGGCAGACCUGGUCAGAAAGGGGAGAAGGGGGACCGCGGGCUCACUGGUAGUCCAGGCAUACCAGGCAUUCCAGGACUCAGAGGUGAAAAGGGGGACAGAGGAAUACCAGGUCUUUCAGGGCAAAAAGGAACAAAGGGAGACCAGGGCCUGCCAGGCAGCCAAGGCCUAACUGGUCUAAAAGGAAGCAAGGGUGAUUAUGGCAGUCAGGGUCCAAAAGGAGAACCAGGAGUAAAAGGAGCCAAAGGAGAGCGUGGAUUCUCUGGUUCCCAAGGAAUGAAAGGGAGCAAAGGUGAAAAGGGAGAAGGCAACUUCAAUCAUUUUAUACGAAUUGCGGAAGGGGGCAAGAGGGGCCGUGUGGAAAUCUAUCACCAAGGGUCCUGGGGAACAAUAUGUGAUGAUGGCUGGGGCACCCAAGAUGCCACUGUGGUCUGCCGAAUGCUGGGAUACAGCCGUGCAGUCUCUGCCUUCACAGCAGCAGGAGGUACUGGAAAAAUUUGGCUUGAUGAUGUGAACUGCAGCGGGAACGAAUAUUCAAUUUUGGACUGUUCAAAGCCCGACUGGGGUGUGAACAACUGCUCCCACAGAGAGGACGCUGGGGUGGAGUGCAUUUGA